AUGAACUUACGAGAACCACUUUUACGUGGUAUCUACGGAUAUGGUCUCGAACGUCCUGCAGAUAUUCAACAACGUGCUCUUAAACCGUGUAUUUCGGGUUACGAUGUGAUUGCGCAAGCACAAUCAGGUACAGGCAAAACGAUAACUUUCAUCAUUGCAGUUUUACAACAACUCAACGUGGACUGCAAAGACUGUCAAGCAUUAAUUCUGGCACCAACGCGUGAACUGGCUCAAGGAAUCCAUAGACUAGUUUUAGUACUAGGUGAACAUAUGAAUGUGACAUGCCAUGCUUGUAUUGGUGGUGUGAAUAUUCAUGAGGAUAUGAAACGGCUUGAAGCAGGUGUUCAAGUGGUUGUUGGUACACCUGGUCGGACCUAUGAUAUGUUAAAGAGAUCAGCACUUCGUACGUGA